GUCUUCUCCCCCCAAUCCCCCAGGAGAAACGAGCUUUCUCAAGUGUUUGCUCAGGACUUGAUUGUUUUCUGCCCUCAGGGAGAAGAUGCCUUUCCACCAUGUGACCGCUGGCCUGUUGUACAAGGGGAAUUACCUCAACCGCUCUCUCUCUGCCGGCAGCGACAGCGAGCAGCUUGCUAAUAUCUCUGUGGAGGAGCUCGAUGAAAUCCGAGAGGCCUUUCGGGUUCUGGACCGAGACGGGAAUGGCUUCAUCUCCAAGCAGGAGCUGGGAAUGGCCAUGCGCUCUCUGGGGUACAUGCCGAGUGAGGUGGAGCUGGCCAUCAUCAUGCAGCGCCUGGACAUGGACGGGGAUGGCCAGGUGGAUUUUGAUGAGUUCAUGACAAUUCUUGGCCCCAAACUGGUGUCUUCAGAAGGCCGUGAUGGUUUUCUUGGAAACACAAUAGAUAGCAUAUUCUGGCAGUUCGACAUGCAAAGGAUAACUCUGGAAGAGUUGAAGCACAUCCUCUAUCACGCCUUCCGGGACCACUUAACAAUGAAGGACAUUGAGAACAUCAUCAUCAACGAGGAGGAGAGCCUGAAUGAUACCUCGGGGAACUGUCAGACAGAGUUUGAAGGCGUGCAUUCCCAGAAACAGAACAGACAGACCUGCGUCCGGAAGAGCCUCAUCUGCGCCUUCGCCAUGGCCUUCAUCAUAAGCGUCAUGCUGAUUGCGGCCAACCAGAUCCUGCGGAGCGGCAUGGAGUAGCAGCCUCCCGCCACCACGCUGCUGCGGUCCCCGCUCCCUGCGCAUGCGCAUGCCCUGCGGGCAGACACUGUUCCUCCUCAAAAGCAGAUUUGGACGCAGUGGCACAGUUCAGAGAAGAACCCAAGGUUGCAGUGCAACAAGUGUUGCAAGUCCACUUCAUCUCCUUGGCAGGGACACAAAAGGGCUGUCUUAAAUGCUUUAAUGGUUUUGUUUCCCAAUGCAAUAAAUAGCCAGGAGUUCCGAAUGAUUGCUUCAACCACUUGCAGGAACUCAGAAGAUAGACUACAUUUUCAUCUCGGAAUUCCAAUGGCCAUCCAGGCCGAGGGUGUGAGAGAGCAAGAGAGGGGCGUGAACACGCAGUCACCUCCGCACCCCAUUCUUUCAACCCACGGGGCAACUGGAGACCCCCAAGGGCAACCCGAGAGGCCGACUUUGGGGUUGCUGCAGAAAAGGGGCACUCCUUCUGGCCCUGGCUUCCUUCCUCCGCCAAGUGGAGCCCCGCAUGGCGUGAGGGGAAAGCCACUGAAUGGGGUGCGGGACCUGGCGGCCUGCAGCUGCUCCCAUGCUUCCGUUCUUACUGCCUUCUCUACAGGACUCUUGGCAGAGUUGGGGAGUUCUCGGUUUCCAUCUGUACUUGGCUUUCUGUUCCUAGAGCCCAUCACGCACCAGCAUUUUGGAAUCUGCAGAGAGCCUUCCUCCCAGCUUUGCUGCCUGUGCUGCCAUUAAAGAAAAAAGAAGCAUAAUCGUGGGCAUCUCUAUAAUAAUAUAGACAGGUAGACAGACGUAUCUAUUUGGCUUCUUCACCUGUGACAUCACUCUUCCCUAAACGCUUACUCCCGAUAUAAGCUUGUCCUCCAACACACUUCCCUACCUCUUUUGGGUAGGAGAGGUAGUUUGGGGGCCAGGGGACUGAAACUGGUGGCGAGGCGGUGCUGCAGCCCUCCUCCCAUCGUCCGCAGUGAUGGAGCCGCUCAUGUCUCCCGGCCAGAAGACCUCUGUAAGUUAAGGUCCUCGUGCAUCUUACCUUCCUCUCAUCUUACGAUUUACUUUGUAAGUUAGUCUUCCCCAGAUACAAAGAGAAAUACAAUCCAGAGUGGAAAGAUGGAAAGAUCAAACUACUCUAUGUUACAUAACAUCUUCAGACAUUCAGAUCCUGCAACUGACUCAUUUCCAUGAGAAAAAAAACAAAAGGAUGUUAAUAAGCUUAGCCAACAGGACAGGUAAUUUACUCCUGCAGGCAGAAUUCUUCUGUUGGGGAAGGAAACUGAAUCCAGUAGUCUGUUUGCAACACCAUUUCAAGUCUGUAAUUUCGUGGCUUUUCCUAGAUGUCAUAUCAGCCACCACUGUUAAUUCAAGCUGGCAUAGUCUGAUUAGCCAAUAAUCUUUCAAUGGAAAAUUUCCCUUUGUACUUUUCCAAGCUCAGGUCUUUAUUUCUAUAAUGGAAUUGUCUUGCUCCUCUUUCUUCCCAAUGCAUCCGAAAGCUACCUGCUUUUCCCUUCCAAUAUUGAGGCUCCAGAAUCUUUCCUCUCUCACUGCAGCCAGAUAGGUUUCUUGGCACAGUGCGCACUCCUGA